AUGGAACAUAUACUCAAAUAUUAUAAAGAGGCCUGCUCUUUUACCGUCGACCUGUCCCGUGUCACUAUCAUCAAGAACUCACCUCUCCGCCCACUAACAAGCAAGCAAAAAAUGGCCAAGAGCGUCACCCUCCUAGCCCUAAUCACCCCGGCGAUGGCCGCGGAUUGGGUCACAAUCUCGGGCAGCGGGUCAUCGUCGUGCGACCAGUUCAGGACAUGGGCCGAGACGAUAUGCCAAUCCGACAUCCAGAGACAGAUCUCCAGCUCCUCCGAAAUCGACGGCGAGCUCUCGGUCAACUGUGCCAACGUGCCGCAGAGUUGGUGCGACGCCUACUCCGGGGGCAAGAACUACCAUCCCAGCGGUGUCUUUCACGAACCCGAAGGCUGGAGCUUGUUGUCAGCUUCAAACUUACGAGCUAUGAGUUCUGUUCUGUGGUGGUAG